AUGGUCGCUGAUAAUGAUACAGAAACUACAAUUGAAAAUGAACUUUAUAAUAAUGGCGAAGCAUCAAGUUCAAAUCGAACUCCUUCUUUAAUCUCUAUUUCUCCCGCUAAUUUUACUUUAAAACAAUCACCACAUUGUCAUGCCCUCUGUCAACCUACAUGGCGUGAAAAGCUAGCUGUUGAGCUUGACAGUUCUGCAAUUGGUAGCAUCUGGAAAUUGGUGGAUGCUCUCCUUAAUAUUUUAUUAUGCAUAAUUUAUAUAGCAAACACUGCUCACAUGAACAAAGUUCUACCAUUGCUGAAUGUGUGGUUGGAAGCUUUAGUAUCAGCUUUAUUGAUCAUGGAAUAUAUUCCAAAAUUUUAUAUUUUUGAAUUUUGGUCGUGGAAAUCAUUUUUCAUGCCUUUCCUAACAUUCCUGACAAUAUUUCCUGUUGGCGCUACUACCCUUGAUCAUCAUAUAUUCCAAGAAGCUCGUUACAUUGUGUUGUUUUACCCUUUUCGAUUCAUUCGAUGUUAUUUGUCUAUAUACGCUUGUUUAAUCAGAAGUGAAAAAUCUGUUAUCAAGUUUGGUCAAGUUACUAGUAGAAUAUUAAUUUUUCUGAAUUCCAUCUUGUUUAUUGUGUUGACUGGAUCUGCUUUGUUACAUAGUGUCGAAUAUGCAUAUAUGGAUGCUGAUAUUACAUUCUUGGAUGCUGUUUUCUUUACAACUAUUAUGUUGGGUACUGUUGGAUAUCAUAGUCAUAUAAUACCUGACAAUGCUUCUGCUAGAAUUUUUCUUUUGGUAAUAUUCACAACAGGUCUUAUAUUUAUUCCGUAUUCUAUAUCAGAAUUGAUUACAUUGAUACGUUCAAAAUCUAUAUAUGACAGACCCUUUAGAAAAAUAUCAAAGCAGCCUCAUGUCAUUAUCAUUGCCCCAACUAUUGAAUUGCCCUCGUUAAGACACUUUUUAAAAGAAUUUUAUUCUUUGGCACACGGUCUUGCAACUAUUAACACAAAAGUGGUAAUUUUAAAUCCUGCAGAACCAAAUGCUCGUGUAAAGACGUUUUUGUCAGAUCCUUUGUAUGCACAUCGUGUACAAUUUAUUAAAGGUAGCUCACUUGAAUCACGUAGUCUAAAAAAAGCAAAUGCAAAAAAUGCUUCAGCAUAUUUUAUUUUAGCCAAAAAGUAUACACAACAAAGUGAGGCUAUUGAUGCAGAAAAUGUUUUAAAGGCAAUGGCAUUAAGUAAACAUGAUGUAGGACCUAAACUUUAUAUCCAAUGUAUUCUUCCGGAGAAUAAAGCUCAUUUUGAAAAUUUAAAUCCUGAAAUAAUAAUAUGUAUCGAUGAAUUAAAACUUGCUAUACUUGCUCAUUCAUGUUUAACUCCUGGAUUUUCUACUCUUUUGUAUGGUCUUACAACAUCAUUCACUUAUGAAUCAACUUAUGAAUUAAAAAACACUGAAGAAAGGUAUAAUUCAUCAAUUGGCUUGGGAAAUGACAUCAUUGAGGAUUAUAUUGAUGGCAUUUCUCGAUCUAUUUACGCCACAAACUUAUCAGAUUACUUUAUUGGCUAUAAUUUUCUCUCAGUUGUUGGUUGUUUAUACGAAAGUCUAGGUGUUGUGCUGUUUGCAAUCGCUAUUCCAAAACAACAUUCUACAACGGGACAAUCAACCAGUUUGUCAUACAACCAAAGUAAUUGUGAAGGAGAAAAUGCUAAAAAUUAUAUGGUUUUGAUCAAUCCUGGUGAUUAUAUUCUAAGAGGAGAUGAAAUUGGUUAUAUAAUUGCUUCUGACAGUGAAUUGGCUGAUGGUGUUUCCAAUUAUAAGUGGCACAGUUUACAAAUUCGAAACAAUGGCAAUUUAUCUUCUGAGCCACAACAAACUUCUUCAGAAAGACAACCAUUAUUGUCAUCCAAUGUUUCAAAAAAUAAUGUUAGUGUUGGACAUAGUGAUACAAAGAAAAGGUCAAAUCUUUCUAAAAAACCUGAUAAACAGUAUCAUGAGUAUCCUCACAAGCCCGAUUCUAGUACACUACGUCAUCAUCGUGCACUUUCUAUUCCUCUUGCUUCUGCAGCAGACCACGACCAUGAUCGUCAACAACAACAUCACCACGAUCGCCGUAUUCAUAGCAUAGAUCCUUCAUCUUCCUCUUUAAAUGCUUUUCUUGAUAAUGAUCAAAUAAACUCAAUGCUUGAUACAGUUAGUGGACACAUAUUGUUGUGUGAUUAUUCAACAGCAACUUUUCCACGUAAUUUAGAUUGUUUUGUUGGUCCAUUACGCAAAGCACAUUUGGAAAAGUUCACACCAAUUGUAAUUCUUUCACCAGUAAGACCUACACAAAGUCAAUGGAAAAUCUUGAGUCAAUUUGAUCAAGUGUAUAUUGUUCAAGGGAAUCCAAUGACGCGAGAAGCCCUUGAUAUUGGCAAAAUUAAAUUUGCAAAACAGGCUGUUAUAUUAACUGAUUCCAUUGGAAUUUUAAAGAACGGGGAAAAGACCGAAGAUGCACCAGCAAUGUUGGUUUACUUGAACAUUAAAGCAAUGUGUAAUGAUAAAGAUGUUGAUGUUUUUGUAGAGUUUGUACAUAUGGAUAAUAUGAAAUUUAUUUCAGAAGAUACAUUGGUUAUUAAUAAGAAUAUGCAAGCCUUUAUGGCAGGGAUUUGCUUUUCUUUAUCUAUGUUGGAUAGCAUAAUAUGCCAAUCAUUCUAUCAACCACAUAUAGUUGCUAUAAUUCACCAACUACUUUUUGGAGCUAACUUCCAUUCAGGUGCAACUUAUUCUGCACCCGCUCAUUCACACAUCUUUCAAAUUCCUGUGCCAGUAAGAUUCAUAGGUUCACAAUAUGGAUUACUGUUUCAGUUCUUAUUGGAUGAUAAAAAAUCUAUACCGUUAGGUCUAUAUCGUAGUAAUAAAGCAAAAACACCAAAUGGUAUGGUCAAAUGUUUUAAAUAUGUAUACACUUGUCCUAAAUAUAAUGUAAUAUUAAAAGAAGAUGAUAAAGCUUUUGUGUUGAGUAAACGUAUUCCAUCUGGAUUAUGA